AUGGAAACGGGGAGUGCAGCAAGGACAAAUGGUACCACUGGGAAGCCAGAGGAUGUGAAGAGUCCAUCUGCCCCCAAAAAAGAAGAAGAAGUGAAGAAGACCACAAACCCUGGCGGAGGUGAGAAGGAAGCUAUGAAGGGCACUGGCAGUGCUUCUUUGGAGACAGGGCAAAUCAAGAGCUCUCUCUUCUCUGGGAGUGACUGGAAGAGGCCCAUCAUUCAGUUUGUGGAGUCAUCCGAUGAGAAGAGAUCGACCUACUUCAGCAUGGAUUCGGCAGAUUCAAAGAAGAUGCAAUAUGCCAGUGGACAGAUAGGAGACAUGAGGAGACCACCCCUCUCCUUUGCAGAUAAAGGCGAUCUCAGGAAGCCCCUCUUCUCCUUGGAUUCCAAAAAGAGCUUCCUGCCUAGUGAAGGAGAAGGGAGGAAGUCGUUAUUCUCUGGGGGACAGAUGGGGGACCUGAAGAAAGCUUCCCUCCCGCUGGUGGAGACAGGGGACCUGAGAAGAUCCACCUUCAACAAGACUGACAGAGCAGCUGGGUCACGGCCCAGGGUGAAGCUUGAGGAUGUUCUGUGCGAUUCCUGCAUCGAUAACAAGCAAAAGGCUGUGAAGUCCUGCUUGGUGUGUCAGGCUUCCUUCUGUGAGCUGCACCUCAAGCCCCAUCUGGAGGGAGCCGCUUUCCGGGACCACCAGCUCCUGGACCCCAUCAGGGACUUUGAAGCAAGAAAAUGCCCUGUGCAUGGGAAGACCAUGGAGCUGUUCUGUCAGACAGACCAGAUGUGCAUCUGCUACCUCUGCAUGUUCCAAGAGCACAAGAACCACAGCACAGUGACAGUGGAGAUUGAGAAGGCGGGUAAAGAGGCUGAGCUUUCACUGCAGAAAGAGCAACUGCAGCUGAAGAUCAUCGAGGUAGAAGAUGAAAUGGAUAAGUGGCAGAAGGAGAGGGACCGUAUCAAGAACUACACCACCAACGAGAAAGCCACAGUGGACCAGCAUUUCAAAGAGCUGAUCCGUGACCUGGAGAGGCAGAGGGAUGAAGUGAAGGCUGCCUUGGACCAGAGGGAAAAGAUUGCAUCAGAGAACGUGAAAGAAAUUGUGGAUGAGCUGGAAGAGAGGGCAAAGCUUCUACGAGAGGACAAGGAGAACAGGGACCAGAUCCACCAGAUCAGUGACUCCGUGCUCUUCCUGCAGGAGUUUGGGGCUUUGAUGCGGAAUUACGUCCCCCCUCCAUCUCUCCCAACAUACAGUGUGCUGCUUGAAGGGGAGAGCAUGAGUCCAUCGAUGGGACUCCUCAGAGAUGACCUUCUAAACGUCUGCAUGAGGCAUGUGGAGAAGAUCUGCAAGGCAGACCUUGGCCGCAACUUCAUAGAGAGGAACCACAUGGAGAAUGGUGACCACCGGUACAUGAUGAACAACUAUGAGUGGAACCAGCCCGACAACUUGAAGAGAUUUUCCAUGUUCCUGUCUCCCAAAGCCAGUUUCAACCCACGAUCAUGGGAAUUUUCCUCCUUCCAGGCAACUGAGGAAACACUUGUAGGCAAUGGUACUAAGCUGCCUUUUCAGUUCUCCUCUGUGGGACAGAAUCCGCCUGGUGACUUCAGCAAACAAUCUGAUGGGAGCCUCUUCACUAAGACCGCUUAUCCUUCAAUAGUGAGACAUCAGUCUGCAAAGGCGACGCCACAGACAUGGAAAUCCUCUAAGCAGUCUGUAUUGUCACAUUACCGCCCCUUUUACGUCAACAAAGGCAAUGGAGCCACUUCCAACGAGGCACCCUGA